AUGGCGUUCCUACUCAGAGCGCUGGAUAGCAGCGGUGGUGACCAAGCGCCCGCAUCGCUCUGCGUGGAGCCGCAGGCCGCGUUCACAAUCAAGUCAAAGCUAGUGUCGUGCAGCGGCGGGCACUAUAGCCUGGGUGCGAAAAUAUUCAUCAACGUGUGCCACGACGACCAGAUCCCCAUGCCGGAGGUGCCUUUCAGCCCGUCGGUGGUGUAUCCGCUGAUUAUGAGCAACCAGUGGGAGAUCCCGAUUGUGACGUCCGCGGCACGCGUAGACCAGGACAAGAAGGGCGAGCAGUGCUACGUGUGCGACUGCUGCGUGAACACCACGUGCAUGCAGUGGGUGCGCAAGGACCUGCAACUGCGCGAGAUCCUGGUCGAGUGGUGCGUGGAAUCGUGCGAACUUCGGCUUCGCGCGGAAAUCUCGCGGGAGCACCUUGCGUUUCCAAAACUGCGUCUCAAGGGCGAUCGUAUCCCACCGCUCGAAGUUUUGACCGAAGAUUUGGCCGCCGACUUCCGCAAGGAAGCUCAAGAGCUAGCCGAGGUUCGUGACCCGGCUACACUGCUAGAGCUGCGCCGCGGCCUGGCCGAUGAAGAUGAGGAUUCGGGGCCCUUGAACGUACUUAACGGUACCGAUGAGAGCAGCAGCACGCCGCCGCUGCCGCCGCUUUUCCCUGCGCCUGCCGUGCGUCCGCUUAUAGAGGAGGUCGGAGACUGCGGUGCCGCGCACGCGACCGCUGCAUCGGCCUCAACUUCCCAUCCGGUCCGAAUACCGGCGCCAGGCCCUCGUAGAAGCUUAUCUUUUGAUGUUCACAUGGGCAGACCCGUGGACCGCCCACAGGCGAGACUCAAGGUCCAGGUCCAGUCCGAACUCGCCUCGCUUGACGACUAUUUCGUUGCCUAUCGGUCCAGGGACAACUCGCUCAUCAUUUCGCACAACGACACGCAGCAUUACUUUCCUAAAGAGAUAGCAAUUGCCCUGCCCCAUGCCUUGGCGUCUCAAGAACUUGAACUUUCCACCUCUUUUGACUCAGGGAGUCGUACCAUGGCUAUUUACUUAUAG